AGGGUUGCACACCUCCGACCGGGGCUCCUUUCAUGCCCCUGGACUCUUUGCCAUGGAGGCUUUGCGAAGGAGGAGGAACCGCCGCGAGGAUGCGGGGCCGAAGCGGCGGGAGCCCAAGGACGAGAGGUAUUUGCCAAACUACCAGGAGACUUUGGUACACUACCACAAGUCCUUCGGCGUGCUCCAGGAGCUCUUCGACCACCGGGACUUCCAAACUUUUGCCGAGGAGAUCCAGGGCUGUGCUAUGGCGGUCGGGGAUCACGCGCGCUUCCUGGACCUGGGCUGUGCCCCGGGCGGCUUCGCUGCCUGCUUGCUGCAGGAUCACAUCCUGGGACCGCUGAGCGGCGGCUACGGCGUCUCGCUGCCCCCACAGCUCGGGGGCUUCCAGAUGGCCAUCGAGAGCUCGAGGCUUUGCGUGCAGUUCGAAGAUCUGCUGCAGGUGAUGCCCAACGACUUGCUUUGCAUGGACAACUCCAUCGACAUUUGUGUCGCAGACGCUCAGUACCUCUCCAACAUGUUCAAGCCGCACCACCAGACGGCCAAGUACCGCGGCACGAAGACCCGGAGCCGCACCUUGGGCAUUUGGGCGCUCACGGUGCGGGAGUGCCAGCUGGCCUUUCCAAAGCUCAGGCAGGGCGGGAGCUUUGUCUUCCGCUUCGGCUGGCGCGGCGUAGGCUCCGCAGAUGUGCACCCCAGCGGGGAGGCAGUGCAUCCCAGCUUGCUGGCGAAAUACUUGCAGGAGGAGGAAUGGUACACCGCGCUUACGCACUGGCUCUUCAGCGUGCUGAAGUCCCUCUUCCUCACCUUGCGACCCUUCAAGAGCGAGUACGUCCACCAGGCGGAUGUCUCGUUCUACAUGGUUUGCCGGAACUUUGACCGCCACAAGUUUGAGCUCUACAACUGGGAGGGCAAGCUGCAGCGAGCCUAUGAUGAGAUCACCACCUGCGAGGAUGAGGCCAGGCUGGUGGCCGGCUUGAAGGACUCCAUCGACCAGGGCACCAAGGCGGAGAUUGACGGGCUCCUGGACUAUGUGGGCCGCAUGCGCGCCAUCGGCAUCCAAAGCCGAAAGGUGACGAACCCCAAGGCCUUCUGGAAGGAUGGAGAACCUGUGCCAGACAUGGCCAACGGGCCAAAAGAGGUGAAGGCCCCGGAGCCGGCGCCGCUUCAGAAACCGGAGAAGGCCACGAAGGAGGCCAAAUCAGAUGCCAGCACAGAACUGGAAGACCGGAGCGAAGCCUCUUCCGCAACCAUCACUGAAGGAGGGACGGCCGCCGUGCCGGAGCCGAGGGCGCCCAGCGAGGGCCGGCCGAGCCGCGAGAGGCUGCAGAGCUGGAAGCCUAGGGAGAAGCAGUCCUUCGGCGAGCGGCAGUCGUUCAGCGAGCGGCAGUCCUUCGGCGAGCGGCAGUCCUUCGUCGAGCGGCAGUCCUUCGGCGAGCGGCAGCAGCAGUCCUUCGUCGAGCGGCAGUCCUUCGGCGAGCGGCAGCAGCAGUCCUUCGUCGAGCGGCAGUCCUUCGGCGAGCGGCAGUCCUUCGGCGAGCGGCAGUCCUUCGGCGAGCGGCAGCAGCAGUCCUUCGGCGAGCAGCAGUCCUUCGGCGAGCAGCAGUCCUUCGGCGAGCAGCAGUCCUUCGGCGAGCAGCAGUCCUUCGGCGAGCGGGGGUCUUUUGACCAAGGCAACGACUACAGCAGUGCCCACCGUGCAGGCCCACGAAAGCCCAGGGCUUGGGAAGGCAACAGCGUGACCUGGCGAUCCUGGGACGCCUCUAUGGCACAGGACUAUCAAGAUCAGGGCUGGUCGCCGCCGGCCGACUUUUACCCCGCCAUGGCCGACUUCGAGAUGCCCGUGGACUGCCUUCCAGUGCAUGGCUUCGACGCCAUGUACAAGGUGGAUGGCCUUCCGGACACCAUGUUCGAGGACGGCUCGGUCAACGAAGCGAUGCUUCAGGCCGACGGCCAGAUGUGGUGCAACCAGGCCAUGCUGGACGGAAUGGUGGAACAUGCUGACUCCCAUGGGCACUUCCAGGACUGGGCGCCCAUGACGUAUGUGGAGCACCAUGUUCCACCGCCGCCCGCAGCGCCCCCGAGACUUAGCGUGGAGGCAGCACCCUAUCCACCGCCUCCACAAGGCCAGUGGAGCUUCCCCACACCCGCGGUGGGCUCGCGUGCACCUCUGGAGCCGACCUCCCAGGAGAAGGAAGCUCCGAGGGAGGAGCCGCGCGCUUCGGAGCGAGAGGCGCUAGAAGCGCUUGCAGCUUCUGAGGAGGAAGAUGAGGUGAAGCGAAGUCACAGGAAGAAGCGGAAGGACCGCGACCGCGAUCAUCGGAGUCGACGGAAUCGAGAAGUGCCACGCGCCAUUCGCCUGAUGCACAAAGAGGGCCGGGCCUAUCGUCCACCCUGGUACCAGCGCUGGAAGGACUCCGUGCGCGGCGCCAUCCUGGAUUUGCAUCAGGACAGUCUGCAAGCCCUCCGCUUCGGCAUUUGCUUCGCCAUGGCCUGGUCGCUAUGCAGCCUGAUCAUGUCUUUGAUUCGCUUCUCAUCGCAGUUCACCGAGAAGCCAGCGAACGGUUCAGGCUGAGCUGGCAAAGGUGGCCUCAGUUCCGCAGCUCGGAAGCUGCGCUUCGAGGCUUCUGCUUCCGAGGCAGCAGGGCCCAACUAGAGGCAAGAUACCGGGCGAUCAAAGUCCGAAAACGGGGCCUUUUUUUCCCUUCACAUUUCGGAGAGCUAUUUCAACUUGCAUUUCGUGUAGCUCGAAAUCAAAGCUGCUUCACGCUCGCGUGAAGCAGAGUUUCACAACCGUCAGGCUUGCAAGGCGGCCUGCGAGUUGAUGAUCUCGGU